AAGCCUAGCACGGAGUCUUCUCGACCAGGAAGCCUGGGAAAUAUAGUCUUAGGAGGCAGGCUAGACUACGGGGCUAGCGCCCGGGGUGAUUGUCAUCCCUACGGUGCUCUCUCGGCGUUGCGCUUUGGUUUUUCUCCCUCCUCCCCGUGCCAGGCCAACCCACUGGACCCUGGCUCUCCUGCCAGGCCCGCGACAGAGCGCGCUCGGGCUCCGGCAUGCGCAGAGGUGUGGUGAGGGACUUAGGUCGGGUGUGCUUAGGACGCGCUGAGCUGUGCACACGGCGUGAGAAUCUAGACCGCCCUGCGCGCUAACCUGAGGUUCCCCCUUGGGUCCUCGCGCUACUGGGCACGCGAUGCUUUACACGGAUGCUUGGAAAGGUUCCAGCGCGGGAAACUGAACCUUCCAUGUCCAAGCCAUCCCUCAUCACAUUCACUCCAGCCACCGACUCCAGUGACCUCUGGAAAGAUGGUCAACAGCAAGCACAGCCUGAGAAACCAGAGCCCGUCCUGGAUGGGGCCGCAGCCCGGGCUUUCUAUGAGGCUCUAAUUGCAGAUGAGAGUGGUUCCCCUAAGCCCCGGAGAGCCGAACCGACCAGGGAGAGAAAGAGGAAGAGAAGAAGAACCACCACGAGGGAGCCUGUAGCAGCAGGGGUCCCGAGACAAGGAAGAACACUUGAGGAUGAAGACAAGAUGACCCAGUGGAUCCUGAUGGCAGCCCAGAAUGGGGAUCUGACAGAACUCCGGAGGCUGCUGGAACCCCAAGAGGCAGGGGGAGCUGGAGGGAAUAUCAACGCUCGUGAUGCCUUCUGGUGGACUCCCUUGAUGUGUGCUGCUCGAGCUGGCCAGGGCGCUGCUGUGCGCUAUCUCCUGGGCCGAGGGGCUGCCUGGGUAGGAGUCUGUGAACUGGGAGGCAGAGACGCGGCUCAGCUGGCAGAAGAAGCAGGCUUCCCUGAGGUAGCCCGCAUGGUCAGAGAGAGUCGUGGGGAGACAAGGAGCCCGGAGAACCAGAACCGAUCUCCCCCCUCCACCUCCCAGUUCUGUGAGGACUGUGGUGCCUACUUUGAAGACUCCAACCACCGCACAUCUACUGCUCACCUGCUGUCACUGUCUAGGAGACCCCAGCCCUCCAGCCUUCCCCUUGGGGUACCCACUUCCAGUCCUGGCUUCAGACUGCUGCUGAGGGGUGGCUGGGAACCAGGAAUGGGGCUAGGACCCCGGGGUGAAGGCCGUGCCAACCCUAUUCCCACUGUCCUCAAGAGGGACCAGGAAGGACUGGGCUAUAGAUCCCCACCCCAACCCCGGGUCACACACUUUGCAGCUCGGGAUACCCGGGCUGUGUCUGGGAAAGAGAGAGUUCCUCGAGUCGGCACCCUGAGUCAGAGGGAGAACAGAAGGCGAGAAGAGAAGGACCGGGCCUGGGAGCGAGAUCUAAGACUAUACAUGAACCUCGAGUUCUGACUGACACAGACUGGCCCUCGUCUGUCACUGGCUGGGCGUGGGCCUCUGACUUGGACACUUGGACUUCCAGACCCUUAGGCCUUGGCUACCGGGCUCUGCUUUUAGAGAGAAGGGUUGAGAGUUGGGAGAUAAAUAAACUUCCCUCCCUGUGGCGUGUUUA